GGAAAAUAGCUGGUUGACUCCGGGUCCAACAGCAGUCAAACAGGCAGGGGCAGACAGCCGCAGUCAUCCUCAUCAACCGCACGUCGAUCUGCGGAUCACAUCGUCCACGGGAUGGAUAACGACAUCGCCGAACCUGACCCAUCCCGGCAGCGCAAUGGUGUCGUGGAAGGGCUUUAUGGAGAAUUCACGGACUCGCUCAACGCAAAGGUCAGAUAUUCUGUGAGUUUGACUGAGAGUGCUCUCACUAUUCAAAAGAUCUCAUCGUCACCUGGACAGGAUGAGGUGGUUUUCCAUUUAGCUGACUGUCUUGGCUGCCUGGCUUAUAAAGUGGAGGACGAAGCGGAUGUUGGGGCGUUCUUUACAGCCUAUUUCUACCCGUUCAAGAGGCGAUGGAUAAGCACAGGCAUGGCCCGGCAGAAAGUAGAGCAGUGCUUUCGGGUCGCAAUGGUCCAGGACCCUCUCACUAAUCUUCAAGAGGCAGAGAGAUGGGCGCGUGCCAUCAGAGAGGCUUCUAUCCGCCAGAUACCCCGAAGACAUGAUGUGAAGUAUUAUGAGCUACGGCGGCCCUGCAGGGUCAUGGUUCUGGUGAACCCCCAGAGUGGGCGGGGCCAGGCUCUCCAGCUUUUCUCCGGGCAAAUCGAGCCCAUGCUCACCGAGGCUUCAGUCCCCUACACAUUGGUCAUCACUGAGCACCAGAACCAUGCGAGGGACCUGGUGAGAGAGACUGAUCUGUCACAGUGGGACGCUCUGGUCAUCCUGUCAGGAGACGGGCUGCUGUUCGAGGUGUUGAAUGGUCUUCUGGAGAGAGAGGACUGGGAGGAGGCCAUCCAGACCCCACUGGGCAUCUUACCAGGGGGCUCGGGCAAUGCCCUGGCAGCCUCUGUCCACCACUACACUAAGUCUCCCCCGGCCUGGGGUAAGGAGCUGCUGCUGAGCUGUGGCUUCCUGCUGUGUAAAGGCCUGGUGACUCGGCUCGACCUGGUCUCUGUCCACCUGGCCUCCAGCCAGCGCAUCUUCUCCUUCCUCUCCCUGGCCUGGGGCUUCGUGGCCGACGUCGACAUUGAGAGCGAGAAGUACCGCCUCGUUGGCCCCAUGCGAUUCCUGGUGGGUACGCUGCUGCGCCUGGCCUCCCUCAAAGUAUAUCAAGGUAGGCUGGCAUACCUGCCUGCUCCUCCCUUCACACCCCAGAACUCCUCCCUCUGCUCCUCUCUACCCUGUGGGCCCAACAGCUCCCCCAAUCAGAACUCUCGCCACAACCACAUCACAAACUCCAACCACAGCACAAACUCCAACCACAACACCGCCCACAACUCCUCCAACAUUGCCAACACAACCAUGAGGACCGAGCCCCAACCAGUCAACCAGAAGGGGCCUCCUGACUCGCUCCUAGCAGACCUGGAGCAGCCGGUGCCUGAUCAUUGGACAGUAGUGAAGGAGGAAGACUUUGUACUGGUAUUGGCCAUGUUCCAGUCCCACUUGGCUGAGGACCUGUUUGCCGCCCCUGGUGCCGCGGCAGACGACGGCUUCAUCCACCUGUUGUAUGUGCGUGCAGGCAUCUCCAGACUAGCUCUGCUCACACUCUUCAUGACCAUGGAGAAAGGGGGGCACCUGGCUAUUGGCUGCCCACACCUUGUGUAUGAGAGGGUGAAGGCCUUUCGCCUGGAGCCUCUGUCCCCCGAGGGAGCGAUCACUGUGGACGGGGAGAUGGUGGAGUACGGGCCAGUACAGGCCCAGGUUCAUGAAGGAAUCGCCAGGCUCAUCUCAGGCUGAGAAUCUACUUGGAGAGUUUGUCCUCCCCACAGCUCUGACUUCUUGCUCCCUUUCUUACUCUGUCUACUGUAUAUACAAAGUGCCAAAGACAUUAUAUCAGCCUUUGGAAAAUCCCCCCUCUUUUUUUCUACAGAUACAUUCAGUAUCUAUCUCUGUGUCCUGUUGUUUAGAGAUCCCUCCCUUUCCUCUCCAUGCUUCAUUCAGGGUCAAAGCCAUGGAUGUUCUUGCAGCUGGAUGGUCUCAGCUAAGAGUGUGUGUGUAUGAUAGUGUUUUGUGAGCGGUGUGUUUAGUAGGGAGGGGCCCAUGGCUGUGGAGUACCUUGUGUACACUUAUUAGUGUGAUACAAGUGAAGAGAAGCACAUUCUUCUGUCUCGCAAGGAUGUGGCAGGCAACCAGCUCUACGCCCGCUAUCUAGCCCCGGGGUAAUCAUUCUGUGGAGGAUGAGACACAGGCCUGACAUGAAGGCCUUCCCCCCUCAGGAUAUACUGUUCGAGUCAUGGAUGUAGGUUCUCUAUGGAGAAGCACAACGUUGGAGAAUGCAGCAUUGUAAACCUCCACCAAUGACAUUAGGUUACUCUUCUCCCUCUCACCAGUGAAAACCUCCCCUUUACCUCCGUGUUUAAUGGAUGGGGUGGAAGGGGUUAGGUGCUAGUGAGGUUGUGUUAAAGCAGCAUGGAGGUUCAGGAACCUGGCCAGCUGAGGUUACCUUCCUAUAUAUCUCGCCUGUCUCCUACCCUGCUGCUGCUGCAGCUCAAACCAACAUGCUUCUUGGACCACCUUCUUCCUGACACACACACACAAACACACAGGCUUGACACUCCCUUUCAGAUCUGGAGCACUCAGCAAGGAGGGGGAUGGUCUCGUCUGCGACAUAUGACCCCUUCUAGCUGUGUUAAGGUUGUACUCUCUCCUCCUUCACAAGAUGUUGGAGCCAUCAGCACCUAAUGUGUCCUUAUUUUGAAGCUUUAUGGGUGAAUGAAAAAUACUAGCGGAUAGAACUACAAGCAGUUGAAGAUACAGCACCAUUGUUGAUUUUUAUGAACGGUUUUAUUGUAGAUAAAAUAAUAGAAAUAUUUAUGUUAUUUUCUGUCCAAGCACACACUAAGAAGGGAAACAUGGCUUUGCACUACGCAGCACUGCAUGGGUCAGUGGGUUUUGCACAUUGACUCGAUCAAUAAGAGUUGGAGCGACCAGGCCAGAGUGCUGUGCUGUCUACUGGGGCCUUUUUCUUGUCGGGGUGGAGAUGAUGAGCAUUAGUGCACAGGAGCAUUAGUGCACAGGAGCAAUUAGUGCACAGGAGCAUUAGUGCACAGGAGCAUUAGUGCACAGGAGCAUUAGUGCACAAGCGCAAAUGUGAGCAUUAUCAUCAGUUCUACUCGCACCAGUUCAUGCCAGGUCGGGUUCACCCCAGAGAUAUAACAAUUACUGGUUUAACUAAUCCUAGAGCACACACUUGGUUAGGUUUGACUCAAAAUGUCAUAUGGGUGGAAGGGUUUUAAUGUAUAAUGAAUCUAAAAGGAUGCUUAAAAUGACUCUACCUGAAGGUAUGCUGACUGCAGAUGUAACAUUAACUUCUCCCAUUCUGAUUUCAAACUUCCAUGUCUGUGCCUGUACCUGACUUUGAUAUGCCUUUAGAUAAAUACAAGUUUAAGUUUCAUUUGUCACAUGCACAAGUACAGUGAAAUGCUUAACUUGAAAGCCCUACCCGACAGUGCAGUAUUAUAUACCUCAGGUACGGUAGCUCAUGCUAGACUGUGUAUACUGAGUAUAUAUAUAUAUAAGUAUAAUAAAAAAAAUUAAACAAGGGGGAAAAACACAAGAAAGAAGAAAGAAGAGAGGAAGCUAUAUACAGUGUCAGUGCCAGUACCAAAUGUACAACGUACAGAGAUACUGGAGUUUUGAGGUAGAUAAGAAAAUGUAGGCAGGGAUUAAGAGAAAGUGACUGGAAGCAGGAUAAAUCAUUUAUUAUUAUAAUAUUAAACAUACUGUAUGGUACCUUUUACCCCAUACAUACCUAUCUACCUACCUAAUCCUCAUUUGUCAGGCUCUGCUGGUGGUGUUGACAAGGUCAUAGACCAUGCAUACACAAGUUAAAGCACAUAUCCAAAUUGAGAGAUUAGCUAUGGAAAUUCUUUCAAUGUGGCCCGUUCUGGGACACCUCACUGCUCUUUAUGCAGUGGGAGGGGUCCCCCUAGUGGAUUUACCUUAACCAGUCAUUGCAGUGUAAGUGGUGGAAGUUCUGACAAAGUACUUGCACAUUUGUUUCUAUGGUACAACAGUAGUACUGUAUAAAAUCUUAUGAUAGCUCACUUUCAUUAUUUGUAUGUUUGGUAGCAUUGAUUCACUAGCAUACUGGUAUCCAGGUUAUGAAAACAAUUACGAGCCAUUUUGAAUUCAACUACAAUCACUUCAUAAUCAAUUCCUAAUCAUAUUUCCAUCUGAAUAUCAAAAACCUGCAUUUGAAUCACCUCAGGUACGGUAGCUCAUGCUAGACUGUGUAUACUGAGUAUCAUCUCUCCUCAACCGAACAGACAAGCGGACAUCCACUGCUGACCCUGGCUGACCCUAGUGACUGUUAUGUAAUAUGUACAAAAAACAACAGGUCUCAACACAUCUGAGUGGAGUAAUUGCAAUUGUGUUGAACUACUGUUAUCUUCUCUGUCCUGUACCCUUGGCUGGUAGGGUGGACUGUGGAGUGACUACAUCAUAGUACUGUUAUUAAUAUGCAAAUACUGCUGUAGUCCUCUCAUUGCAUUCAUGUCAUUUUUUAUGUCAUCAUUACCGUGUAGGAGAGAGAUCUAUAUUUUUCCAGUGCUUCAUUUAGUAAGAACCACAACUAAAUACAUGAAUCAUGCUGUAUCGACUGUCUGAAUGGUAAUACAAUUCCCAAAUUCUUCAAGAGUUCUGUCUUGUUCAUCAUUAGCAGCCAUCUUUUCAUCAACACUGUUAAUUGUUUUUAUAUAAAGUGAAAAUGAUAACCCAGUGGUUAAUAUUGUCCAUUACAGGUGUUGUGUAUUUGAGGGUGUAUUAAAGUUCUGCUU